AUGAUUAAGCGGCUAGUCAGUGCUGUUAGAGACGUGACUGCGCGGUCAAGUGUUCGAGAUGCAAGUAAACGCCUGGAACUCGCGACGAUGCUUAUCCCCAAGGAAGACCGCAAGAAGAUCCACGAGUACCUCUUCCGCGAGGGUGUGCUCGUGGCCAAGAAGGACUUCAACCUUCCCAAGCAUGGCGACAUUGACACCAAGAACCUCUACGUGAUCAAGGCCUGCCAGUCCCUGAACUCCCGCGGCUAUGUCAAGACCCAGUUCUCGUGGCAGUACUACUACUACACCCUCACCCCCGAGGGUCUUGACUACCUCCGCGAGUGGCUCCACCUUCCCGCCGAGGUCGUUCCCGCUACCCACAUCAAGCAGCAGCGUUCCCACGCUCCCCCUCGCGGCAUGCUGGGUGGUGAGGAGCGCGAGCGUCGCCCCCGUGUUCCCCGUGAGGGUGGCUACCGUCGCCGUGAGCAGGAGCCCAAGGAGGGCGGUGCCCCCGGCGAGUUCGCCCCCAGCUUCCGCGGUGGCUUCGGCCGUGGCCGUGGUGCCCCCGCUUCUUAA